CCAGCCCGAGAAGGGGAGUCAUGCAGUUGCGGAUGCAGCUCUCCUGCCGAGCCACAAAGCACUCAGAUCAGUCAGGGAGCGAGGGUGUGUGAGUGCGAGACGGGAGGGAAAGUGUGUGUGAGAGUUUGUCAGGACCAGAGGCUCCAAAGGACGUCACACACACACUCCCAGAGAGAGAGGGAAACACGCCGUCACAGGAAGGCGUCUAUCCUCACGCGUUCUGGACUGUGGAAGAGUCAACAAGCGCUGACAGAAGUGAGUAUUCCACCGGUGGAUGCGGUGAAACGAUGAUGUGCAGUUAGUCAGCUGAACUGGAUUUUUCUCAAGUGACACAGAUUCUCAAGUGAUACAGAUUUACAGUCCUAACUGUAAGGGGGGGGGGGGGUAAAACUCCUCAGCAAGGAAAAGACUUGUAAUAAGACGUUAUUCAAGAGUGUGUGAAGUGUUUUUGCAUUACCAUGGAUCAGCCAGCCAGCAGCUGCAUGCGGAGCGCCCACCCCAGCAGUCCCAUCUGGGGUUGCAUGAGGAACCCUCACUCAGGGGUCCCCGGAGCCAAUCUGCAGUCGCCCUACCAGCAGGGUCCUUUCUCCCUGCACCAGAAGCCCGAGUUCCUGGCCUACACAGACUUCUCCAGCUCCUGCCUGGUGCCAUCCGCGCCGCACGCGGCCUACCCUCGCGACGACAGACUGUACCAAGAGAGCCAGGGGGGUUACCAGAGAGCCGACUGGCAGUUCAACCCCUGUGAGACGCGGGUGAGAGCGCCCGAGGCCUGCCCGCCCGUCGUCACCCCUGCAGUGUUGGGAGGCGGCGGGAGUGGAGGGCCUGAGCUGGACAUUGUAGGGGCAGAAAGGCUGCCAGGGGCCGUGCCCGGGUGCCUGGACGGAGAAUACUCACCCCAAAGUGUGGCGUCGGCCGACUCAGACAAGAAGAGCUCCAAUAAGAGGAAGAGAGAUGUCACAGCUGGCGAUGGUACAAAUUCUCUAUUUCCCCACCAAACUGGUCUUAAAUCAGCACCCUCAUCAGAUCGCUAUGUGAAAGAUCUCCAGGAGUCCAGUUUUAAGGUGGACUCCAGCUGCAAGGCCCGGAAAGAGCGCACAGCGUUCACCAAGGAGCAGCUGAGAGAGCUGGAAGCCGAGUUCACCCACCAUAACUACCUGACCAGGCUCCGCCGCUACGAGAUCGCCGUCAACCUGGACCUCACAGAGAGACAGGUGAAAGUGUGGUUUCAGAACAGGAGGAUGAAGUGGAAGAGAGUGAAAGGAGGUCAGUCGGCCUCGCCAAACGACCUGGAAAAUGACGACAUAGACUCCGCAGCCUCGCCCAGCUCUGAAUGAACAAGGGGGCCGGGAUUACGAGAAGGAGAUGCUAAUCACCUUGUGACACAGAUAGACUGGGGUCAACUGGACACUAAUGCAGCACAAUGCAACUUUUGCUCAUUUCUUUGGAAAGCUGCAAGAAUCAAAUAAUUCUAGAGACUCUUUUUUUUUUUUUUUUAUUUGCAGGAAGAAAUCACUGAGCAUCUCCUUUGCUGUUUUCUGUUGUAAAUAGUUGAUUUUUGUCCAUAGUGAACUGCAUUUUGAUACACUAUUGAUAAAUAUUAAAUGCUGUUUUUAGAGGCCACCUCUUGUAGCAGAGAUGAUACUUAUGGUCAUUGUAGAUCACUGGCAAAGUCCUACAGUGGCUUUAAGGCCAGUGAGUACUUAACAGACCGUGAUGUGAUUGUGCUUGAGUGCAUCCCCCUUUGGUUCCAAUAUUGUAAUCAUGGCCUUUGACGCUUGACUACAACCACCUGGGAAAACUCAGGCAGCACAACUGAUGCCAAGCCAUAAGUGCCUCCGAAUCAGAUGUUUUGUUUUUUUUUUGUUUUUUUUCAUUUUGUCAGUUGCUUUUCCUAGAAUCUAGUUUUUUGUCUUUCGAGCAUUUUUUACUAUUCUUUUUAUACAUUUUGAAUGUUAUUGAUAAAACACAGAUGUUGCCUGUUUCUGCAAAUAG